AUGGGCUCUCUAGGUGUAGGUCGUAUUUUUCAAGUCGUCCAAAAACCCACUCUUCGACUUCCAUUCAGUGACUUGGCCUUUGUUUCCACCUUACCCGAGGAUUAUCUUCCAGAUCUAGUUAGAGAAAACAUCGGACGAGUGAAAUGGGACGAAUUCCGAAGAGAAGGCGAUGAACCUCUUGAAGAAGAUGGUAUCCCAAAACCUCCGUUAUGGAAAAGAGCGCUAAAGCUCCUAAAAAUCCUUCUACCUCAUGUUGGUUUAAAUGUUCUAUUGUUAUCAUAUAUUGCAAUGGGAGCAAUAAUGUUUAUUUGGUUGGAAGCGGACCACGAGUUGCAAAGUCGGAAGGUUAGCGUUUUUCACUGCCAUAUACAAAACUGAAG